UUAUCACAGAAGUCUGCUAUUUCAUGCACAUCAGCCCCUCCAUACUGACUUACUGUUCUGCUCUGAUGCACUGGUUUUCUAAGCAGAAUGUUUCUGUUUGUUUCAGUGCUCUUUGGCAUACAGGCGCUUUGCUCCUGGGCUGCCCCUCCUCCUUUGCUUUCCCCUGCCUGUGAUGACACUGCAGUAGAGGACGCUGCAGAUCUGGCUCUGCGCCAGAUCAAUGCUGACCGAAAAGAGGGCUACAUAUUCAAACUCAACCGAAUUUUCAGUGCCCGAGAACAUCCUCAGGAGACCAGUGGUUCUGUUUUCUACCUCAUCUUGGAUGUAAUAGAUUCUGAAUGCCAUGUACUCAGCAAAAUGUUGUGGAAAAACUGUAUGGCCAGACCUGCACAUACAACUGUUUAUGGUCAGUGCAAAGCAAUAAUCUACAUUAAUCAGGCAAGAAACAUUGCUCAUCUCAAUAGUUAUGAGUGCACUUUACAACCAGUUCCACCCAGAUAUAUUUCAAGAAUAUGUCCUGACUGUCCACUUGAUGAUAAUCCAAAUGAUCCCAGAUAUACGGAGGCUGCUCUUCAAAGCCUUGCCAAGUUCAAUGAAGAGAGUGAUCAAACUCAUUAUUUCUCUGUUCUCAAUGUCACAAGAGCUUCAAUGCAGUGGGUCAUUGGUCCUGCAUAUUUUGUAGAAUUUUUAAUUCAGGAGACAUCCUGCUCCAAAUCUGACAAGAUUGCUGACAUCUCCAAGUGCAAGCCACUUUCACCUGAACUAGCAAAAAUAGGUUUCUGCAAAGGCUCUGUAGGAAACAGCCACUUGGAACAUCAACGCUUUGUCACAAUAUCCUGUGAGAUCUACGGUCCGCAGGAUCCUGCCACUGAAGAGGGGACAGCACAAGCUGACCAGAAACAGGAAGCAUCCAGCCAGCAUCAUCAAGCAGCUUUCUCUUCAGAAACCAGUCAUUUCUCCCCACACCUAGGAAAAGCAGUGGGCUGGGUUGCAAUUCUACCCCCUUCAACUGAGGACAUCUCUUUCCAAAGCCAACCAGAAGGUCAAAAUGAACAUAAAGUUGGAAAGCCUGUUCCACCUGAGGCUGCAGAAUCUGUGCCCAGUUUUGAUGAAGAAAAGACUCAAGUAGACAAACCAGACCUGACUGAACCAUUUAGUAGACCAGUUAUUCUCCCUUUUCCUGAAGAAUUUUCUUUAUCAGACUCAUGUCCGGGAGAAGUAAAGGAGAGCAGUUCCAUCCUCCAGCCUCUACUGCCUAAAAAGCCUACCAAAAUAUAGCCAGCACCCACUCACCUCAAUGAUCUGCAACAGAAUAAUGGCCUGGCCUUUCAAUUUGUGUAACAUCUUUAAGUAAAUAAAUUGCUUAUUAGUAUUUGUCUUUGGAGUUCUCAAUUUUAAGAAACCACCAGUUAUGUAGAUUCAAAAAGAAAUUUAAGUAGGACUAUAUUUAAUAAAAUAAUUUGCUGUUAAUUCCCAUACUCCUUCUAUCAGUAAGAGCAUGAAAUAAAGGUAACUGUGGAGGGUAAAAAAAUAACAUCAGUAGCAAAAGUCUGUCAGGACAGAGUGUGGGAUGAUUUGUCCUGGAAGGACCUCUGGACCCAUGGAGAGAGGAGCUGAAACUGAAACUGGCUUGUGUCAGGACAUGUGAUCCCAUGGGGGGCACAUCUUGGAGCAAUCUGUUCCUGAAGAAUUGCACCCCAUGAAAGUGACACACAUUGGAGCAGUUUGUGAAGAACCGCAGCCCAUGGGAAGGACUCCCAAUGGAGAAGUUUGUGGAGGACUGUAUCCAAUGAGAGGGACCCCACACUGGAGCAGGGAAAGUGAGAGGAACCUCUCCUUGAGCAGGAAGGAGGGGCAGAGGCAACCUGUGAUGAACAGAUUACAACCCCCAUUUCCCACUCCUCUGCACUGCUGGUGGGGGAGAGGCGGAGAAAUUGGGAACAAAGUAAUUUGAGCCCAGGAAGAACAGAAGAGUGAGGGGAAGGUGUUUCAAGAUGAAGUUUUUAUUUCUCACCAUCUAACGCUGAUCUAAUUAGUAAUAAAUCAAGUCUGUUUUGCCUGUGAUGGUAACUGCUGAGUGAUCUCUCCUUAUAUUGACCCACCAGCCUCUCAUUGUAUUUUUCUUCCUCUGUCCAGCAGAGGAGAGGAGGGAUGGAGCAGCUUUGGCAGGCAGCUGGUGCCCAGCUAAGGAUGCUCUGAGGACCUUUACCAAGUCACACCUGAUGUAGCAGUGUAUAAAUGGGGAAGAGGACUUCAACAUGGUUGGUUUAGCAUGAUUAACUAGUGGGGUUUUAUUUACAGGUUAACUUCUUAAAUAGAAUAUGAUGAGUUUGGCCUAAUUUUUAAAAUCUCAAGAAAGAUUAAAUUUUCCUUAAUGCUUUACACCCUCAUUCAAAUAAAUUUGAAAAGGCUACUCAGAGGUGUGAAACCUCUGCACCUAAUUUUGGCUGGUGAAGAAUCAAGCCCAGGCUAUUCAGAUUCUUAUGCUUUACUCAGCCUGCUGUGAGUAAAUGAUGAUUUAAAAAAUCAGCCUAAUUCUUUCUUGAGAUAAGUCAUAUUAACUCCCAUAUAAUAAAAGCCACAGGGAUGUUCUACAGCCUAUAGUGAAGAAAAAUCAAUUUCAAUAAUGCUAGAGACAGCAACUGUUCUGACAACAACAAAUAUAAAUAAAUGAGAAGACAACAAGAAGAAAAAUAGCAAACAUGGGAAAGAAAUGACAGUUGUGGCAGGAGUACACUGAUACUUGCAAUAAUUAUGGGCUUGUAUGAGACCACAGAACCUUUCCCUAGUUGCCACUAAAUCUGUAAAAUCAUUUGCUCAGAACAAAAUCAAUAAAAUAUUAUUGUUUCUGAACCUUU